CCUCUCUGGUCUCCGAGCUAACUUUGCAUAGCUUGCGGGUGCGGCUAAGAGCACUGGGAAAGAAGACCAAAGGCGGCUCAUGGGGUGACUUGGGGUGUCCUUGGCCAGAUCGGGCGCUAAGGAGGCAGAAGAUCUCAUUGUUGUCCUGGGAUCCAGUGGCGAAAGGAGGCCCCGCCGGCGGGCGCGCGCUCAGUCCCCGCUUCGCAAGCGAUCGAGCGGCCACCCCGCCAGGCUCCGGUGCGGGGCACCAUGCGGAGGAGCGGGCGCCGCGGGCGGCGGGUCUCCGCGCGGGAAAGGGGCGGGCUGGUGGCCGUGCGCCCUGGCGCUGGGCCAGGCUCGGCGUGAGCAGCGGCGCGAGCGGGCGAUGGGCUGACGGAGCCCCGUGGCGGGCGCGGCGGGGACUGGGGUGGCGGCGGGGGCGGGGACGGGCGCGCCAGCACCGGCGGGGCGGCUGCGGGCGCCGCGGAGGAGGCGGAGGCGGCGCCGGGCUCCCCAGGCCGCCUGGUAGGCCAAGGGCCUGCGCCCGGGACGAAUGGGAAGCUGGUUUCCGUGGACUAGCCUCUUUCAAUCCGAAGUUCCUCGGCUCCUUUAGAAGAGCACAAAAAUAAAAGAUGACGGAGGGCCGUCGAUGUCAAGUACAUCUCCUUGAUGACAGGAAGCUGGAGCUCCUAGUACAGCCCAAGCUUUUGGCCAAGGAGCUUCUUGACCUCGUGGCAUCUCAUUUUAACCUGAAGGAGAAGGAAUACUUUGGAAUAGCUUUCACAGAUGAAACGGGACACUUGAACUGGCUCCAACUAGAUCGAAGAGUCCUGGAGCAUGACUUCCCCAAAAAGUCUGGACCUGUGGUUCUGUACUUCUGUGUCAGAUUCUAUAUAGAAAGCAUCUCCUACCUGAAGGACAAUGCUACCAUUGAGCUCUUCUUCUUGAAUGCUAAGUCCUGCAUCUACAAGGAGCUUAUUGAUGUUGACAGUGAAGUGGUGUUUGAAUUAGCUUCCUAUAUUUUACAGGAAGCAAAAGGAGAUUUCUCUAGCAAUGAGGUGGUGAGAAGUGACCUGAAAAAGCUGCCAGCCCUUCCCACCCAGGCCCUGAAGGAACACCCCUCCCUGGCCUACUGUGAAGACAGAGUCAUUGAGUACUACAAGAAGCUGAAUGGCCAGACGAGGGGACAAGCAAUUGUGAACUACAUGAGCAUCGUGGAGUCUCUUCCAACCUACGGGGUUCACUAUUAUGCAGUGAAGGACAAGCAGGGAAUACCCUGGUGGCUGGGACUGAGCUACAAAGGAAUUUUCCAGUAUGACUACCAUGAUAAAGUGAAGCCAAGGAAGAUAUUUCAAUGGAGACAGUUGGAGAAUCUAUAUUUCAGGGAAAAGAAGUUUUCCGUGGAAGUUCAUGACCCUCGCAGGGCUUCAGUGACCAGGAGGACUUUUGGGCACAGUGGCAUUGCCGUGCACACAUGGUAUGCAUGUCCAGCUCUAAUCAAGUCCAUUUGGGCAAUGGCGAUUAGCCAGCAUCAGUUCUAUCUGGACAGAAAGCAGAGUAAGUCCAAGAUCCAUGCAGCACGAAGUCUGAGCGAGAUCGCCAUUGACCUAACAGAAACAGGAACGCUGAAGACUUCAAAGCUGGCCAGCAUGGGGAGCAAGGGAAAACUCAUCAGCGGCAGCAGUGGGAGCCUGCUGUCCUCAGGUUCUCAGGAAUCAGAUAGCUCACAGUCGGCCAAGAAAGACAUGCUGGCUGCCUUGAAAUCCAGGCAGGAAGCUCUGGAGGAGACGCUGCGCCAGAGGCUGGAGGAACUGAAGAGAUUGUGUCUCCGGGAAGCUGAACUCACAGGAAAAUUGCCUGUUGAAUAUCCCUUGGAUCCAGGAGAGGAGCCACCUAUUGUUCGGAGGAGAAUUGGAACAGCCUUCAAGCUGGAUGAACAGAAAAUCCUGCCUAAAGGAGAGGAAGCUGAGUUGGAACGCCUGGAACGAGAGUUUGCAAUUCAGUCCCAGAUCACUGAGGCUGCCCGCCGUCUAGCCAGUGACCCCAAUGUCAGCAAAAAACUGAAGAAGCAAAGGAAAACCUCUUAUCUGAAUGCACUGAAGAAGCUGCAGGAGAUUGAAAACGCAAUCAACGAGAACCGAAUCAAGUCAGGGAAGAAACCCACCCAGAGGGCUUCGCUUGUCAUUGAUGAUGGAAAUAUCGCCAGCGAAGACAGCUCUCUCUCAGAUGCCCUUGUUCUGGAAGAUGAAGACUCUCAGGUUACCAGCACAAUAUCCCCCUUACAGUCACCACACAAGGGACUCCCUCCUCGGCCACCGUCGUCACACAACAGGCCUCCUCCACCACAAUCUCUGGAAGGACUCAGGCAGAUGCACUAUCACCGUACUGACUAUGACAAGUCACCCUUAAAGCCCAAAAUGUGGAGCGAGUCAUCUUUAGACGAGCCUUAUGAGAAGGUGAAGAAACGCUCCUCCCACGGUGGUCAUUCCAGCAGCCACAAGCGCUUCCCCAGCACAGGGAGCUGUACUGAGGCAGGAGUAAGCAGCUCCUUGCAGAAUAGCCCCAUCCGAAGCCUCCCACACUGGAACUCCCAGUCCAGCAUGCCGUCCACCCCAGACCUGCGUGUCCGGAGUCCCCACUAUGUUCAUUCCACAAGGUCAGUGGACAUCAGCCCCACAAGACUGCACAGCCUCGCACUGCACUUUAGACAUCGAAGCUCCAGCUUGGAGUCCCAGGGCAAGCUUCUGGGCUCAGAGAACGACACUGGAAGCCCCGACUUCUACACCCCGAGGACUCGUAGCAGCAAUGGCUCAGACCCCAUGGAUGACUGCUCGUCGUGCACCAGCCACUCGAGCUCAGAGCACUACUACCCGGCACAGAUGAAUGCCAACUACUCAACGCUGGCUGAGGACUCACCAUCCAAGGCACGGCAGCGACAACGACAGAGGCAGCGGGCAGCAGGCGCACUGGGCUCAGCUAGUUCAGGCAGCAUGCCCAACCUAGCAGCACGUAGUGGGGCUGUGAGCACUGGAGGUGGUGUGUACCUGCACAGCCAGAGCCAGCCGAGUUCCCAGUACCGCAUCAAGGAGUACCCACUAUAUAUCGAGGGCAGUGCCACACCCGUGGUGGUACGCAGCCUGGAGAGCGACCAGGAGGGCCAUUACAGCGUCAAGGCACAGUUUAAGACCUCCAACUCUUACACGGCUGGUGGCCUGUUCAAAGAGAGCUGGCGCGGGGGUGGUGACGAGGGCGACGCAGGCCGCCUUACGCCAUCACGCUCUCAGAUCCUGCGGACUCCUUCGUUGGGGCGUGAAGGCGCCCACGACAAAGGCUCUGGCCGUGCCGCUGUGUCCGAUGAGCUGCGCCAGUGGUACCAGCGCUCCACAGCGUCACACAAGGAGCACAGCCGUCUGUCGCACACCAGCUCCACCUCCUCGGACAGCGGCUCUCAGUAUAGCACCUCUUCCCAGAGCACCUUCGUGGCGCACAGCAGGGUCACCAGGAUGCCCCAGAUGUGCAAGGCCACGUCAGCUGCCUUACCUCAAAGCCAGAGAAGCUCAACACCGUCAAGUGAAAUUGGAGCCACCCCACCAAGCAGUCCCCACCACAUCCUGACCUGGCAAACUGGAGAAGCAACAGAAAACUCUCCCAUCAUGGAUGGGUCUGAGUCUCCAACUCACCAAAGUACUGAUGAAUAGAGGAGCUACAGUGACAGCUGCUUCCUGGAUUCCUCCCUCUAUCCAGAGCUAGCUGAUGUCCAAUGGUACGGGCAGGAAAAAGCCAAGCCCGGGACCCUUGUGUGAGCCAGCCGGGCCAGAUGUGACCACCGCCACGCCAUUCCAAGUCACCUCACUGCCUCUCAUUUGCCUUACCCAGAUGCACUGUCACCUGCACCAGCUUCGGCCCUCAGCACUUUUUUCUCCUGUCUCCACAUCCCUUUCACCCUCAAAAACCUGACUGAGGAGACAUUCUGGAAGGUUCCGAACCCACUGUGUGUUCCCUGGCUCUCUUGCCCAGAGAGCCAGACAACAAUCCUCAAUGGCACCUUGGCGAUUUCCCUCUGCCAUGACAGCCCCAGGCCACCAUCUGUCGGGGAAGCCAACACAUGCAAUUCCUGUAGAAGAGAAGCGUUGGUAGAGAAUAGAAAAAAAGCAAGCCCUGCCUGCAGAGACUAUAUAAAGCUGUUUCCGGCUGCCACGCUAGGCCAACCGAGUGCUUCUAGAGGAGAGCACCUCAUGGGGAUAUCAGUUUACACCUGAAGCAAAUAUUCUCGAAUGAAACAGCCAGCAAGAUUCCUAAGGGGAAGCGUGAGAAAGGAUGGUUGGUGCUUCAGAGAUGCACCGGAGGAUCACAAACGGUUCUAUGCUGCCAAAGAUUAGACACAUUCAACAAUGAACAGAUAGGAGGGGCCAAGAGGAACACUUUUUCUGCAGUGAAAUUUCUUUUUAAUUCUAAACUGCUUCUGUGCAGCACAAGGGAAAGUCGAAAGUCAACCAUUUGCAGACCACGUCCUGUUGUGACCCAUCUCCUGGAGCUCCGUGUCCCCCUUAGAGUCCGGGAACAAACCCAAUGGGACAGUGAAGAUGAAGGAGGCGUGGCUGGCCUGGCAGACUCUUGUCUGUCUGGACAUGGGAGGAGGAGCAGGGUACCAUGAGGACCGCCCUAUGCAGGGGCCUCAGCCUACACCCCUAAGCUUCUUUCCUUUUGGGAUGGGGAGGAAGCUAAAAGUGGUCACUGCCAAAAGCAGUCCUCUCAUUAGAACAGCCAGUAAAAGUGUGACCUUUCUGUUUUGUACAAGGCCUUUCAUUUUCCUUUUUAUGGGAAACCAAGGGAAAAAGCACACUGCAAUCUAGUCAAGUGUUUUACUGUUGUGGUUCAUUUUAUGUUUGUUAACACUUGUACGAACUAGGACAGACCUCUCCUGUGUGUCGCUUAGUCAGAGAACUCAAGUACGCCCUUAGGUAGGAAGAUUUUUUUUUACAUGUCUACCAGUCAGCAGGCAGAGCAGAGUUGAAACAACUCAGCUCCCAAAGGGCCCACCCACCUCCAGCAGUAUCUGUGACCUUGAUAUACCACCUCUGUCCACAGAUACCAAGAGGAUAAAAGGCAAAAAAUAAAAAAUAAAAAGCAUGCGUGCAAGCUGCUCGUUUACAUGUGUUUUGAGCUAUGCUUAACACACAACCAAAAAGCCAUCAAUCUUCAAAGGCCUCAGAAUUACUUUUAUAAUAACUAACCAGUGCACAGUCUUAGUUGGGUUACUAACGAUGGCACAAGAGUCUCUGUGGAGGUAGUGCACAUCAGUGCAAGUGCGGCUUGCAGGGGUUAUGUCUGUAAUGACUUCCUGUGGGAAAGGCAUCUAAGACCAGGAGCCAGGGUAGGAGGAAAGCAAAUCUGAAAGUUAGCCGUGGCAUCAAAAGAAAAAACGACUUUGCUUCUCAUGUACGUAAAUCCAAGAAUAAAAAUAGACUCUACCAGACCAGGAAUCUGGGAAUGGAUAGCAGAAAGGACUGACCCUGGUGCUCACUCUGCAGUGGCUUGGAAAGCUCUGGAAGUCAAAUGGGAGCAUUCAUACUCGUGUGGCCUGAGGCCUUCUUUCGCCCAUUCAAGGUUGGGUACCCCACAGCUGGGCAUGGUUGGCUUGACGAGUCCAGCUUCCAGAAACAGUACUCUUCUCAGACACUCCAGGGAUAACCCUGUAGGAUGAGGAGGAACUGGAUAUGAUGGUACAAAAUAACCCUGGGGCUGCAUGGAGACGGGGCUACCUUUCUUGCUCCUACUACAAUAAUCGGAGCUACAUAAAGCAGGUUUAUUUGGGGAUUAUUUCUUCCUUCCUUCCUUAGCUAAUAGGGAAUGUGACACAUUGUGCCCAUUUUCUUUCUUCCAAAAGGAGAUGCCUGAAUAAUUAGCCUGAACUAUGGUGCAACAGAAAAACUCCAAAAGGAAACAAAGAACAAGACAAGGUUACAUGGUUACAGGUUAUAACAUAGCAGUUUGAAAAUCAAUUCUGAAGUCCUUCGGAUCUAUGAGAGAUGCAGAAAGAAUCUAAAUGUAAUAGACUUGGGGAGCAGAGGGAAACGGAAUGGGAGCUGUGAACAUCAUUGUGAUAGUCUGGUAGUAAGGACAGAUUAAGUAAAACAGGUUUUACUGUUUAGCUGUGUUCGGUUAAUACAAUGUACAUAAUAUAAUAAGCAUUAGUCCUUGGAGACUGACAUGAUAAAUGGUCGCUGUGGUUGGUGGUGAACGCUCUAGGUAUUGUAUUCAAGCACCUGCAAACUCUUUACAGAUCCCCAGUUCUUUAAAGGAAGAUGAACUAUGAAGUCCCCAGUCUGAUCUAAAGCCCCUAUUGGAUUUGUUGGAUACAUGUAAGAAAUUGCUUGUUUCAGCCGGAAGACUAUGUUGUGAGCCAGGUUGGUUUAUUUUGUUCUAUGCAGGUGAGUGUUGUUUUCAUACAGUAUUAGUUUAGUUCUAAUAUAGCAAGCCUCACCCAGGUGCUAUCAGAUGACCAAUUACUGCUUAGUUAACUAGGUGUAAAGUUUUACAUAUCCAUUCAUGUCAAUAGUUUAUUACAAGUUGUGGAAAACGGACUCUAGUUUAAUAACUGGGGAGCUUAGGUUGCUCCUGAGACUGACUGUAGAGCAUGUACAAUGAUUUUACUGGAUUCUGUUCAUCUGUAAUCAAUGGGAAAGAUGUAUGUUGUAGACAAAGUUGCAGAAUUAAAAAAAGAAAUCUGCUUUUAAUUUAUUCCUUUUGUAUUAAGAAUUUGUAUAGUACCUUUACAUUUUGCAGAACAGUGUUGUCAACACUUAUUAAAGCAUUUUCAAAAUGAAAACAC